AAGGGAUAAGGUGAUACUAUAAAAUCCUGGUCGGCAUUGAGAUAUAAAUUCAUUCGGCUUUUAUUCCCUGGACUGAGAAGGCUAAAAGGAUGUUUUCGAAAUUUUUAAUCGUGGCCUUGUGCCUUGUAGCUAUUGUCAGCGCUGAUUUCGUUCGUAUGAAGGUGCAGAAGGUCAAGCACCGCAAUGCCAAAGCUCGUUCCGGAUCAGUCGCAUUAUCCAACGUCAAGGAUUUGAGUUACUACGCCGCAAUCACCAUCGGAACACCAGCACAACCCUUCAAUGUUAUCUUGGACACUGGUUCGUCCAACCUCUGGAUUCCAUCAAGUAGCUGCAGUGGAUGCGAAGUUCCAAACACUUACGACAGCAGCGCAUCAUCAACUUAUGUUCCAAAUGGAGAAUCUUUCGUCAUCUACUACGGAUCUGGUGCCCUACAAGGUUUUCUCUCCCAAGAUACCGUCACUAUUGCUGGUAUGUCUAUUAAAAAUCAAGUUUUCGCGGAAGCUACUUCCAUUAGCUCCAACUUUGAUGAUCAGAAAUACGACGGUAUCCUUGGCCUUGGCUAUAAAUCAAUUGCUCAAGAUGGCGUUACCCCUGUCCUUUACAACAUGUACAGCCAAGGUCUCAUCCCAGCUCCAGUUUUCUCAUUCUACUUGAAUCGUGAUGAGUCUGCAGCUUUCGGUGGUGAAGUUGUUUUCGGUGGAUCUGAUCCUAACUACUAUUCUGGCUCCUUCACCUAUGCUCCAGUCACUAAAGAAGGAUAUUGGCAGUUCACUGUAACUCAAGGAUCAGUGAAUGGAUACACCUUCUGCUCGGGAUGCCAAGCUAUUGCUGACUCUGGCACUAGCCUCAUUGCCGGUCCCUCUGAUGCUAUUGAAGGCAUCUACAAAGCCAUUGGGGCUUCAAGCAGCUUGCUCGACAGCACUGUGCACGUUUCAUGCGAUGAUGUCGACAGCUUGCCACCCAUCCAAUUCAACAUUGGAGGAAACACCCUCACUCUUCAAGGAUCUGACUACAUCAUAAAGACUAAGGGAGGUCUCUUCAAUCUUUUCAAUAUAUGCAUGCCUGGAUUCGAAAGUAUUGACAUGGGCAGUGAUGGCCCAUCCUGGAUUUUGGGUGAUGUCUUCAUGGGAAAAUACUACACAGAAUUCGAUAUGAAAAAUAACCGUGUUGGUUUUGCUACUGCUAAGUAAGCAACUGAUAGUACAAACAAACAAAAAUCUUGGCACAUGACCAUUUUUGGUUCCUGAAAUAAACAGUUCAACCACAAA